UGGUGCUGAAAGAAGUGAGGAACCAGGACGCACGACAGCCGGAGCGCCCGGUGCGCGGUGCGGAGAGUGACACAAGAGAGUGGAAAGAAAGAGGAAGAGGACGAAGGAAAAGGGGUUGCAGGGGACUAAGCAGCCCUCUUUGUACUAAUGGAACAAACGGAUAUUUAACCAUCUGCCCGGGGAGCGCACAGACACCGCAGUCCAUGCCUCUGCCCUGCCAGGUCAUUGAUGGGAAAUCAACUGGAUCGGAUCACCCACCUCAACUACAGCGAACUGCCCACGGGGGAUCCGUCCGGGCUGGAGAAGGACGAGCUUCGGGUCGGCGUCGCCUAUUUCUUCUCUGACGAAGAGGAGGAGGUGGACGACCGCACUCCGUCCGACUGCGGCUUCACCAAGGACCACAGCCCGGCUGAGGAGGGACCCUUCUCGGUCAGCGAGGUGGAGUACUCCGCCUUCUGCGCCCAGGAAUGCAUCUUCUCCAAGCUGCGGGAGAACGAGGACUUGAAUGUGUACUCGGCCAAAACUUUGCUGACUAUGUGCAAACCAGGGGACCUGCUGGAGCUGGUGGCAACGGCGCAAGCCCCCCACUGGGCCAUCUACGAGCAGGACGACCAGGUCAUCCACCUGCACAAGGGCGAGAUCCGCAAGGACAGCCUGCUUGAGAUUAGCAGCGGCCGCCACGGUAGGAUAGUGAACAAUCGGUACCGGUACCGGCCGCUUCCUCCUGACCUAGUGAUGCAGAACGCAGCGGGACACCUGGGUCUGAGCAGCGAGGAGAUAUGCUGGACCAACUCGGAAAGUUUCGCAGCCUGGUGCCGCUUUGGGAAAAGGGAGUUCAAAGCCGGGGGAGAGGCGCACUCGGCGGAGCAGCAGUAUUUCCUCAAAGUGCAUCUGUCCAGCAGCGGGGUGCACACUCUGGUCUUUCGCAGCCUUGAGGACAUGAUCCGGGAGAGGAGGCGAGUGGACGCCAGUGGAAUUCUCAAAGAGCUGUCUUUGGUGAACGGGGGCAAGGAGUGAUCAGGGAUUCUGUUUGAUAUCCUCUCCUCCUCCCCCUUUUCUCCCCCUCGCUGCCUCUUCGCGCCAGCGCGCACGGACGCACGGCGCAGCGCACAGCCAAAUGUACUCGCACACAAGCACACACACAAAUAAGGACCUGUUGGUUUUGGACUGUAUGGUUGUUGCGGAUGGAUGCAGGGACGCGACUGGACCACAUGGGCGCUUUGUGGAUUUUCCAUCCUAUUGCAAAAUGUUGAAAACUGAGAGCGAGAGCGGCCAUAUAAACAGACAACGCCCCUUCAGAUUAGAUUCUUUCUGAGUGGGACACACGACUACAACUAAACCCAUUUACCCCGAACAGUGAAAUCACCUUAACAAACCGCACAUUGCGCACACGGCUCGGUUUGGUUUUCUCUUUAAUUUCUCGGGAUAAUGGAUUUGGCGCCUGCUGCGGCAGACCAGACGGUGAGACCGGGAGAGGUAGAGAGGUGGGGGGGGAUGAAAGAUGAAAGAUGAAAGAUAGGAUCUGGGAUGGCUCUCGAAAAGUCUCCCUUCUAUUUUUUUACUGUUAGCUUUAAGUCCGGGACUGACCAUAAACCAGAUCCACUGAUCCAUUGACCUCUGACAGCCCCACAUUCCUACGCAGUUGCCUAAAGAAGCAUUUGGCUUGUCCAAGCUCACUCUUUAUUGCCAUAACAAGAGUAUUGUCAUUCUCACAAUGCUGCCAUCCUGCUCCACAGCACUGGAUGUAAAUUUAAAAUUGUAUUCAUAUAUUGAUUUCAAUUUGAGUCCCUUAUUUUUGUAUUUCAGUUUAGUGGAUUUAACCCUGAUCCCUUUUUUGGUUCCAAAUAAAUGAAGGUUGAAAUAUGAAAAUAA